AUGAAGCGCAAGAUCGGGGCCUUGGAGAAGGUCGACGCCGACUUGCCCAAUUUGCAGCACAAAAUCAAGUCCGACGCGAGCUCAUACAAGGAUGAUUUUAUGGGACAGUGGGAGCAGUACACGUCUAUGCUGCAGAUUUUCUUGCAAUCGCCCACCACUACCGACGACAAUGGCAUAGUCCGCCUGCGUGACUUGAUCGACUUCAUAUCUCAUGUCUCCGACUGCUAUCCGAGCAUAACAAAGAACUUCCCGCAAGACUUGAUAUCCCUUCUCGAAUUGCACCACGCCACUCUCGAAGCCGAAUUGCGCGACAAGAUCGUAGGCAGCCUGGUGUUGCUGCGUAAGAAAGAGAUCAUGGACUCGAUCACUUUGCUGAACACAUUAUGGCCAUUGCUUGUUUCUACACCUUCCAAGUCGUUGCGAGCUUUGCUCUUUCAAAAGAUCGUGUCAGAUCUGCGUACAUCGAACAAUAAGACCAAGAACCACAAGCUCAACCGGGCUGUCCAGACAUUGUGCUACAAUCUGAUCGCUUCAGACCCAGCAUCACCGAAGGGACUCUGGGCCGUCAAGCUUACGAGGGAGUUGUGGAAGCGGUCGGUGUGGACAGAUGCAAAAGCGGUCAGCGUAAUGGAAGCAGCAGCGCUCAGUCAAGAUGCGAAGGUGGUGACAAGCGGUGUGCGGUUCUUUUUAGGAUCAGAUCAAGAGCGAGAAGAGGCGGCGGAAGACAGCGACGAUGAGAGCGAUAUCGAUAUGGCAAAGUUGCGACACCAGGUCGGCAUCAACAAGAAGAGCACAAAGAGGGAGAAGGAGCUGAAAACGGCCAAGGCAAAGGUCAAGAGGAAGGAGCGACGCAAGAACACAACCCAGACAUUGAACUUCAGCGCCCUACAUCUGCUGCACGACCCACAAGGAUUCGCCGAAAAGCUUUUUCAACAGCAUUUGCAGCCCAGCCAGCCGAAAGUGCGACUGAAUCUCGAGCAGAAGCUACACGUGCUACAGCUGGCUUCGAGACUGGUCGGUCUGCAUAAGCUGACACUAAUACCGCUCUAUUCCUACUUCCUCAAGUACUUGACGCCAAAGCAACCCAGUGUGACCAGCUUUCUAGCAUCGUUAGCGUCAGCCACACACAGCUUGGUCCCACCGGAUGUGCUGGAGCCACUUAUCGUGAAGAUUGCUAAUGAGUUCGUGUCAGAGGCAAGCGCAGCAGAGGUAGCCUCAGCGGGUCUGAAUGGCAUUCGUGAAGUCUGCGUGAGACAACCACUUGCGAUGACGGAGACACUUCUUCAGGACUUGGUGCAGUAUCGAAAGAGCAAGGAUAAGGGCACACAAAUGGCAGCAAGAGGACUGUUAUCAUUAUACCGUGAGGUCGGUGCAGAAAUGCUCAAGAAGCGAGAUCGAGGUCGGGAUGCUGCACUUGGCCUGCGAGCAGGCACCAAUGCAGCGGCGCGGUUCGGUGAGGUCGAAGGUGGCGGCAUUGAAGGUCUGGAGCUGCUUGAGAAGUGGAGAGAAGAGCAAGGCAUUGGUGAGGACGAGGACGAAGAGGCAUGGCGGAGGUGGGAGGCAGAGAGUGAUGACAGCGAAAGCAGUGGCGGCUGGAUCAAUGUGGAGAGUGACGGCGAGGAUAUCAAUAUCUCUGAUUCUGAGGAUGAGAAGCCGGCACAGAAGAAGAAAGCUGAAAAAGCGGAAAACAAGGAGAUCGAGGACGCUCCACAAGACGACGACGUGCGAACAGAAGGCCGCAAUACUGCCUCGCUCGAGCCGGAGGCGGCGAUCAGACGUGAAGAGGCUCGCCUGUCGAAACUUGCUACAACACAUAUCCUGACACCGGCAGAUUUGGAGAAGUUGAAGGAGCUACGGCAGAGUGCAGCCAUCACUGCAGCACUACCUACGGCCAAGCGACGGAAGAUGAUGCAAGCACAGCAGCUCACGAAUGCUCAACGUCACGCAGAUGAUGAAGUGACCGCCGAGCAGAUCGAGGGCUUGGCAAAGCUCAACCACAAGACGACAAAGGAAGAGAAAGUGGCGAUGGCAAAGGAGGCCCAUGAGAAUGACCACCGAUCCACCGCCGCAAGACGGAAGGAAAAGAAGGAGAGCGAACACAAGAGUACGACUAACAAGGAGAAGGCGAGGAAGAAGAACAUGAUCAUGACGCUGGGCAAGGCGAAGAGAAAGGGUAAGAGGAGUCUGGUGGAGCAUCGAAGGGUUCUCAAGGCGCAUGUUGAUCGCAAGAAGCGAGGUGGUAGGCGAGGAAAUCAGUAGGGAAAGGGCUAGUCGCCGUAACUUCGUAUGCUCGUUCGUAGCUUGUUGCCUCAGCUCGCGAGGUUGCGAAUGAGGCGUCGAGGACUUUUGUCUGUGCAAGUGAAGCGCACAUGCUAGCGCGGGACCAGCGCACGGACGAGUCGCUUUUCUAUAUAAGGCUUCCCAAACUUCUUACUCGAC